CUUAAACCGAGACUUGUAUUCUUGACGUAUAACAUAUGUUCUAACCACUACGCAGCUGUAUUUAUAGGAACUAUAGAACGAAAGCGUGACUUUUGUGGUUUUCUCGUAUUGUUUUUUUCCCUAUAUUCAAUUACUAAACAUUCUGUUUGGCUUGGUCUUGAACCUUUUCAUUAACGGAAACUUCUAACAGCUGGUUCCAAUUCACGGAUCGUAUAGUACGAUUCACACCACUUAAAAACUGGUUGUUAAAUAAAUACAGAUCACUUUCAAAUUAUCAAAGUUAUCCGUAGACAAACCAAGGUUGUCUAAACAAAAUCCGCGAGUUGUAGCAAACACUUUAUGCCUAUCUUUCACGAAACUUAUAGAGCGAAUUUCUAAUUUCUAAGUUUAUAUUUUUUGUUUUACAAUCAUCAAUUUACUACUGAAAUAUGAUGUCUCCUGUACAACUAACAUCUGCGGAACAACAAGCAUUUGAUGAAAUGCUCCAGACUCUACCGGUUGAAGACACGAAUUGUUUUCCAGGGUCAGUCAUCGGUCCCUUUCUUAUGAAAUUUGAACUUCCGCAAAAAACAUUAGCAAAGAUUUGGGAUUUUUGUGACGAAGAAGAUAAAGGUUACUUAACCCGGAACCAAGCUUAUGUCUGUCUUCGCUUUGUGGCACAAGCUCAGAAAGGUGUUCCUCUGCGGGAGUUGGACGUGACGAAAGCUGGUACUCCUCCUUCGUUUCCUCACGCGGAUCAGCUAACAGGUCUUCCAACUUCAAACCAUACGACGGAUUUUAGCCCAUUCCGUCAACCUGUAGAUCCGCAGCUACGUCUCGAAUCUGAGAUAGAAUUUCGUAACCAAUUGGAUAAUUUCGAAGAUAAAGAAAAUCCUAAUCUAAUGCCCAGUUCUAUAGCUAAACCGUUGUUUCUUCAAUCGGGCCUAUCUACUACCGUGUUGGCACAGAUUUGGAACUUGGCAGAUUCAGGACAUGUUGGUUAUUUGAACGUUGAGCAAUAUGUUAUAGCCAAGCAUUUGGUUAUGCUUUGCAAAAAGUAUAAUCUUGUGCAUUUACCUCGAUCGCUUCCCUCUUACGUAGUUGACUCGGCAAAGAGUGAUGCUUUGUCUUCCUCCGUCAACACUGAACCUUUUCAUGAGAAUGAUGCUGUUCCUGUAUCGGAUAAGGAACCGAACAAUGGAAAUUUUGAUUCAAGUGUUUUUUUGGAUUCUGCGCAGACAGAAACCAAGCCUCAUUCAUUAGAUUUCGUUGCUAAAUCUAUUAACCCGGAAGAUCGCGAGAACUUCUCCAAGUUGUUCAACAAAAUUGACAAUGAAAAUAAAGGCUUUAUUACUGGAGAUGAAGCCGUUCCCUUUUUCAUGGCAUCUAAACUAGAUCCUGAUGAGCUAGCCAAAGUAUGGGAAAUUGCCGAUAAGGACGAAAAAGGUUUUAUCGUAAAGACCGAAUUUUUAAUUGCUAUGCAAAUUAUUAAAUUGAGACUUACCGGUCAAUCUUUGGAUAGCAUAAUUUCGUCAGGAACCGAAGAACAAAUAACAUUUCCAAGCAAAGAUGAAGCCUUGUCUAACGCAAGUCCACUCGCUAACAAUCACCCUAUUUAUUCAGGGACCGCUGAAGAUAGUAGUGUUUUGAAAGACGAAAAAGAGCAUCUUUCAAAGUUUCCGGGUGAACCCGUUGAGCAUUCACGCUUUAGUAGUACUGCAACGAACCAACCUGGAAAUGAUGUGUCUCUUCCGACACUUGAUCAAACGAUUGAAAAUUUAGUUCCUGGUGGUGAUGAAACCUUUUAUGAACCCGAGUCCACGAGAGAUGUAACGCAGGCUAACAAACCAGCUUUGGAGAAUGACUUCAAUGAAAGCGGUUUUCAUCCGUCGCAUCCAUCCCAUCUUAAUUGGACUACAGAACAUCGGACUGAUCUCCCGACCACUUCUGCGACUUUUGAGAAUAAAGUGGAUGAACCAAACUCAAACUUGGCGAAAGAACUUCAAACUGAUCAAUCAUCACCUUCUGAAGCUUUUCCCCACCAAGAACAUGAGAGCUUUAUGAAUCUACCAUCCGCGAAUACUGUUCAACCGGAAGAGGCUCUUACAAAUGAAGAACCAAAGGAAGCUGCUAUCGAUCCUGCAGAAAUCGACGAUUUGCAGCAGCAAAUUAGUUCUUCCAAAUUCAGUUUAGAUACGAUCCAACAAAGUCAUGAGAGAAUCGCAUCUGACGUUAACCAACAGAAAUUACAUCUUCAAUGCCUUCGUGAUGAACUAACUGAAAUAUCUCGAUUGAAAGAAACCACUCAACAAUCAAUUUCCCGAAACCUAAUGACGAAUCAACAGCUUAGUGCUCAAGUCGGGUCACUGACGAUGGACAAGAGAGAACUAAUCAAAGAAUUGAAACACUUAAGAACAAAAAUAGAUGAAGUUCUCGCCGAUGCACCAAGCUCGAAUGUUACAAGUGGUGUUAAUUCACCUGUCUUACUUCCUGAAAGCACUCGUAGCCGAAGAGCGCAACCACCUCUUCCUCCUCAUUCCGCUCCUAAGAGUUCUACGAGAUCCUCUUUGAGUUCUCCGGUUCAAACGAAUCUUUCGGCCAACGUGCCUCCUUACCAAGCUGCUGAAAGCCAAAGUAGUCACCGAGAUCCGCAGACAACGAGCAGCGGAACACCUGGCGGAGAUAGAAAGUCGGAAAUACUACAAGAACUACUGUCAAUGGGCUUCCCCAAGGAUAAAAGCCUUAUUGCUUUGACAGCAGUUAACUAUGAUGCAAACGAGGCGAUAAAUAUUUUGCUUAGCUCACAAUAGAUAAAAACAAUUAAACACUUUUGGCAUUUAAACUUCAACCAUUUCAC